AUGAUCUCGAUUUGGCGUCAGCUGCGAUACCUGCUCUGGAAGGGGUAUUUGGUGAAGAAGCGGCAAAAGAAAUGGUUUGUGGCAGAGCUUGUGACUCCGCUCGUGCUCUUCAUCAUCCUCGCUAUUAUCCGGCUCUUUCACUUCGCGACCGAAGGAGUUGAAUGCCAUUUCGACUCAAAAGGCUUCCCGUCGGCAGGCCUCCUGCCCUUCACCCAAUCCUUUCUCUGUUCGAUCAACAAUAAAUGCUACCAACGGGUCACCACUGGCGAUGAAGGCUUUCUCAUUAACGAGGAUACAUCCAAUCAAUCCGCCCUGGUCAGAAGUGUUCGCGAAUUGACAACCCAGUUUGAGAAUAUUGGAUCGGAACAGGCGCUGUUCAACGACAUGGUGGGCGUAAGCGUGGCUGUGCUGAAAUUUCUCGCCAACCAUGAAGGCCUUCGAAUGGAUAUGUUGUUCGAGAAGCGCAAAACAGCCAAACACUUCCGAAGUCUUGACCUCUCACCCGAAAUGGCCGACGCCAUGGCCGGGGCCUACAUCACACCCCGAGGAAUGCUGGAACUCCGUGAAUAUGUUACCACUCACCAGGGUGAUGAUCUAUUCGACUUGGUGCUGUCCGCCUGGGAAGAAGUGCCGAUGUUCUGCAACCGCACUGUUUUUGACGAUUCGUUCUCGUUUCCGGCGGGCUUCAACAUGACCGAAGAUGAUUAUCAACGUGUCUGCGGGCUGCGAGGCGCGGAUUUGGGCUGGCUGGCCGGAAAGCUGGACCAGAGAGCCGUUAGAGAACAAUUCGAGGCAUUGGGUCUGUCGCCGAGCCGGCUGGGAAAGUUAUCUUCGCGCAUCGGCGAUAUCCUUCACAUGUUUGAUCCACUCGUCAACAUAGCGGAGAUGUGGCGCGGUUUCAACGCUAGUGACAAGCAGAGUCUCUACGAUCACUUCUUCUGCGGCCAGGACCCUUUGAAUACGGAAGCCUCUUCGAAUGUGCCUCCGCAACACAAAGUGACCACAGUGUUCGACAAAGUAUUCGCUCCGGUGAUCAACUUUGUCUCAAACCUAACGCCUGGCCACGAUCAGGGCACUAACCAAACCCAUUGCGGCGACAUCAAAUUGCAUGACGACUUGGCAUGCUCCGAACUUGAGUCACAAGCAAUCCGCCAGCUUCGUCCGCUGCUCUCCGGCUUUAUCCUUGUCACCCCGGACAACAUCGCGACCCGGCAACUUGUCGAAAAACUGGAGGCCCCAUUACGGGAAAUGCAAAAGUUGAUGGACACUGUGAAGCAGCUGGCCGGUAUCAGCGGUCCUUUCCAAAAAGUGCUUCACGACAGCCAAUUGGCGCAUGGUCUUGCGAACCUGAUGGACCUUCUCUACAAAUAUGAAUACAUUAGUUCCGCGACGGUAGAUGAGGUGAAACAGUUGCUCGGGCCGGAAGGGCAAUCCGGGGCUUUCGGGACGAGGUUGGGCGAUAUCAUGAGUACCAUCGAUAAAUAUGGAAAGUGCUUCAUGACGGAUCGAUUCCGUUUCGUGUCAAAUGAGAGCCGGCUGGAAGAGCUGUCGAUUUGCCUACAGCCCCGUCAGCAGUACUUUAGUGCUCUCGUUUUUCCAGAAAUGAACCCUGAUGCUACGGAUUUCACGAAUACUACCGUUUACAAGAUUCGACACGCCCAGCAGCUUGUGGACGGCACGGACAGCAUCGCCGACUCGAACAAAAACGUCGAGCCGAGGAACCACCCACUAGAAGAUAUGAAAUACCUGACGUUUGGAUGGUCCUUCCUGCAAGAAGCCGUCGAUCGGGCUAUCAUCCGGCUUACGAAUGAAUCCGUCCCUCUCGGCGUAUACUCGCAACAAGAGCCCUACCCUUGCGUGCUCCAAGACCAAUUCGACGUCACCGGAUUUCUUUCCUUCUUUGUCGUAUUAUCAUGGAUCAUCCCUUCGGCGAUGCUUGUCAAGAAUAUUGUUUAUGAAAAGGAGCACAAGCUGAAGGAACUAAUGCGCAUUAUGGGCCUUGGCGACACCAUCCACUUCAUUUCAUGGGCAAUUUUAUCGCUGGUGCUGAACAUCAUCUCCGCCCUGUUGAUCACCAUCAUUCUAUGGGCCGGUAAUAUUCUCGGCCACACCGACCCGUCACUGCUGUUUUUCUUGCUGACCUUGUUCGCCUUCUCUUCAAUAGCACAAUCGUUGCUGCUCACGACAUUUUUCUCAAGCUCAAACAUUGCCACCGCGGCGACAGCACUGAUGUGUCUGCUUUUCUCGUUUCCGUUCAUGCUGUCGAAGAGCAUCGUCUCCAAAGCCUACUCCAAGGCUACGUUGUUACUCCCCCAAUCUGCAAUCGGCUAUGCCUUCCAAAUGAUCGGAUCGGCGAACAAGGAGGAUGUGGCCCAAUGGAAAUAUGUUCACCGCAUGGCUAUUGCUCAAAUGGACGUGAAAAUGUGGGAAGUAAUGUUGGCUCUCGGGUUUCAUACAAUCUUCUUCUCGAUCCUGGCCUGGUACAUCUCGGCAUUAUUCCCAGGCGUCUACGGCGUGGGGCAGCGUUGGUACUUCCCUUUCACCCUUCGAUACUGGAUGCCCCAGCGUUUCAACGUUACCGAAGAGGCUUCCUCCAAUUCCGGCGGCCCGUUGUAUGACGAAUCACUUGGCUUUGAGUCGGAACCCCGGGAGGGCGUCUGUCAAGUCGACAUUGCCGAUCUCACCAAAGUAUAUUCGAGUCAGGUCAAAGCGCUCGAUGAGCUGACGCUGCGGCUUUAUGAGGGUCAAAUUACGGCGCUGCUCGGGCACAAUGGCGCUGGAAAAACUACGACGAUGUCACUCCUUUGUGGUCUCUACGGGCCAAGCUCGGGGACGGCUACGAUAUAUGGCCACGAUAUCCGAAAGAAUAUGCGCAAUGUCCGUGAUGUGCUCGGAAUCUGCCCCCAGCAUAACGUCCUCUUCCCACAUUUGACCGUCCGUGAGCAGCUCCGUCUCUACGCGGUCCUGAAGGGCGUUUCUGAUGAGGAUACGGAGGAAGAAGUCAACAACAUCAUGGAUAGCGUCAGCUUAUGGGAGAAACGUGACAAACUCGCAGAAACGCUUUCUGGUGGGAUGAAGCGAAGACUUUCCAUCGGCAUCGCCCUCAUCGGUGGUUCGAAAUUCGUGAUUCUGGAUGAACCGACGGCCGGGGUAGACGUGAACUCGCGCAAGGAAAUUUGGAGGCUGUUGCUGAAGCAUAAAAAAGACCGGACGAUCCUCCUCUCGACUCACCACAUGGAUGAAGCCGAUGUGCUGGCCGAUCGGAUCGCUAUCCUCUCAGAGGGUAAAUUGAAGGCCCUGGGAAGUAGCGUCUACCUGAAACGCUGUCAUGGUCACAGCUACACACUGAUCCUGAUCAAGAAGAAUCGUUCUCCUUUGGAACUGCAGCGGCCACUUGAUGAUGUCGCCACCGAUAUCAAGUGUCGCUUUGUGGAAGAGACGGAAGAAGAGAUGAUCUACCACAUCCCGAUCGCCACCUCCAGCCACAGCCUUCAGAAGUUCUUCGAAUCAUUGGAUAAAGUCAUGGAUGCCCUUGGGUUCUCCAGCUACGGAAUACAAGCCCCGUCACUACAGCAGAUCUUUGUCAGCCUAGCCCCGCAGAACGAGUACAAGCUGCAAAGGAUGAAGGGGCCGAUGCGCCGAAUUUACGAUGCUCUAUGCUGUCGUGGCCGUCUCUGUCAGAGACAAUCCGUUGAAGACUGCAAUCAGACGCUGAUCCAUGGAACUGAAGGCACCGCACGGAUUGACGCCCCCAUCGAAGUUGUAGAUGCCGUCGUCGAAAAGGAAGCCAGUUGGCUAGAAACCCCAGUUCCCCUCGAUACCUCAACGUCUCAUCUGAACAUCGCACACGCCAGGGCCCUGUUCGCAGCCAAAACGCUGUUCGCCAAGCGCAGUUGGCGCACCUUCUUUUUCCAGAUCUUCUUGCCUGUCCUGCUCCUACUCGGCGCCGAGCUGUAUUCAAAGUACAUCGGAAAUCCGAAGGUGUACAGCCGAUGGGCGAACAACAUUGCCGCCCCACCCCUCGUCCUCACUACGGCACUCUUUGGCGAUGGCGCGGAGAGCUAUCUCAGCAUUGUCAGCCCCCGGAAAGAGGGGACUUGGCCGGUGCGAAUGGUCGAAACAUUUGAAGAAGUGCCAGGCGUCGGCGUGCGCUGUCUCCCCUACACCGUAGAAGCAGACAACGGUACAGUGCUGAUGCCGUAUGGUCGGAGGGUGCCGGUUCGCGGGCAAUUGCCUGGCUAUGAGAAGCAGAAGAAGACGGUGGGAGAGAUGAUCGACCCUUCAACAGACCAUCCAACCGCCUCCCUGAUCGAGCACAUGGACUACGAGUACCACGGACGGGCCAAUUCCGCCCUCGGCCCUCGCUCAAUCCGUGCAAAACAUUUCAACCCGGCCUGCUAUCGACCGGACGAGGCAGCAGAUGAUUCCUUUCAACUGCUUGACAACAACCUGACCGGCAUCCCGUAUAACAUCGAUUCGGAUUGCGGAUGUCAUCCCGGCAUGGGAUGGACUUGUACGCAGGAUGACUACCCGAUCGCCGAACUUCCCUACUUCCUCUCGGCCAACACAACCGAUGUGAUCCGCGAUCUCUCCGGGCGCAAUAUCACCCAAUAUCGUCUCAUCACACGCUUCGUCCACUCUUACGAAAAUAUGCACUCGAUAAUGGGCGGCUGGUCGCUGGGGCACGAAAAUGUUCAAGCGCUCAAUGGGACAGAAGCCGAAGAGCUGUUCGGAGGGAUACAGGAUAUGUUUUCUCAGCUGGCUGCUGCCGGCUUGGAGCUUGGCCUGAACAGCACGUUGUGGACCGGAAACUCGACCACGAUCAACGACACUUUCACCGGGAAUAUAACCACCGAGCAGGUGAUCGGCGACAUCCUUGCCCACCAGGACACAAAGGAAAAUGUGAAGGUGUGGUUCAACAACAAAGUAUGGCCCUCCCUGCCCAUCUACUACAACUCCAUCAGCAACGCCCUCCUUCGCGCCAUCGCCGCCAACAACUCGCAGCUCGCUGAACAUGCCGACAACCUGGGCAUCGUCACCUUCAACCACCCGAUGAACCGAACGGCGGAGGAUUCAUUCGACGCCGCUCAAGUGUCCGAUGUCCUUUGGUUGAUGUUGGCCAUGUUUCGGAUCGUGCUGUUGACAUUUACGUUCUGCGUGAUCCCGGCCGGAUUUGCGUCAUUCUUGGUGACAGACAGAGAAUCGCACAGCAUGCAUCUUCAACUGGUAUCUGGGAUGAAGCGAAAGAUGUACUGGUCCGUCGAAUACAUCUUCGACUUUAUGAUCUUCCUCCUGGCGAGCUUCGUCGUGCUGGGCAUGUACGCGAUCGUCGGCGUCAACGAACUGACCGUCAAUUUCCACACGGCCAUGUCUUUCCUGACGCUGUUCCUCAUCUAUGGACUCGGUGCCCUGUUGCUAGUCUUCGUUCUGCAACGACACUUCUCAAUCCCCUCCCUGGCGUUUGUCCUCAUCUCCAUCGGCCUCUUCUUCAUCGGCGUCGUCACCUCGAUGGUCAUCAUCGUGCUCGAGCAGUUGAUGAAACAGGAUGCGACACUGGAAGGCGCUUACAACGUGUGUUCGGUGUUGUUCCUCGUCCUCAGCCCACAAUACAACCUCGGGAUGGGUGUCUAUAGGGGCUCUUUCGUCUACCAGAUUCGCCACUUUGCCACGAUGAUCCUGGUUGGCUUGAAUCGAGAGGACCAGAUCACGCAUAUUCCGCUGCCGAGCCUCCUCGAAUGGGAUCUGAUGGGGAGACAUGUCUUUGCACUCGUGUGCCAAGCCAUCGUACUACUCGUCAUAUUUUGUGUCGUUGAGAACGGCAGAUUUGGCAUUUUGAGACGCCUGGAUCGAUACCGUACGACUCGUGCCCUGGAGAAGUCCCGUGUCGAGGAAGAUGAGGACGUGUCGCGAGAACGUGAACGAGUGCUCGCCAUCCGAGCCCACCGAACCGAACAAGAGCACGCCGGCCUUGUUGUCUACGAUUUGGCAAAAACCUACGGUUCUCACCUGGCCGUCAAGGGCGUCAGUUUUGCCGUGGCGCCGGGCGAAUGCUUUGGUCUCCUCGGUGUUAAUGGCGCUGGAAAAACGACCACGUUCGGCAUGUUGACGGGAAAGGAAGCGCUGGGCCAUGGCGAGGUCGAAAUGGCCGGACAUAGAGUGGUCCACGGCGAUUCCGAGGGAUUCCGAAGGCUCGGCUACUGCCCACAGUUUGACGCCCUCCACAUGAGACUGACCACUCGGGAACAGCUCGUCUUCUACGCGCGAAUCCGCGGAAUCCCGGAGCACAACAUCAAGCAGGUCGUAUCUUCCUUGCUUCUAUCGCUGCACCUUCGCCCCUAUGCCGACACGUUGACCGGAGACCUGUCAGGUGGCAACAAACGGAAACUUUCGGUGGCCGUCGCCCUGAUCAGCCAACCGCCGGUCAUAUUGCUGGACGAACCAUCAGCCGGAAUGGACCCUGGAUCCCAACAAUUCCUCUGGACGGUAGUCACUCGACUUCGAAAAGCUGGUCGGGCCGUCGUCCUUACAUCUCAUUCGAUGGAGGAAUGCGAGGCGCUUUGCACCCGAAUCGCGAUCAUGGACGAUGGGCGGGUCCGAUGCGUCGGCUCCAAGCAGCAUUUGAAGACAAAAUUCGGCGAGGGUUACACGCUCUCCCUGAAGACGCCGGAUGCACGUGGAGCGGAGCAGGCGGCUGAAAUACUACUCCUCGGGAUCCCGCAGGCACAGGUGACUGCCAUCCACUGUUCUACCGUAUUCCUGCAUAUCCCGGACGGCGUGGCCAGCGUCGCCGAGCUAUUGCAUCACGUCAACAAGGUGAAAGAGACGGUGGUCGUGGAGGACUUUGCCCUGUCCCAGACGACGCUUGACGACAUCUUCCAAUCGAUAUCUGAUCGAAGCCCACAAGCGGCCAAGUAUCGAGACACCGCCGAGGGGAGGCCCACCGCCACUUCUUCGUCCUCUACGUCACAGUUACAGACGAGCCCUCCAGACUACGUGCCCACAGACCCGGCACCGACCACGUCGGAUCCAACCCUAUCCGAUCGAUUG